AUGCAGGUUGAAGCCACAGAUUGUGGAAGGUAUCUGAUGUAUUCCGUACCCCUGAACGGACCACUGGAUAGCUCUUCCUCUGAUGGCACCCCAUGGUCAUUGGCAUAUGUGGAUGCCAUCAAUGCCACUGGAGUGUUGAGAAACAUACAGAACGUUUCCAUAAACAUGGAAAAUGGAACACCUGUCAAGAUGAAUAAUAUCGUUAUGGGCGAAGUUGAUAGUACUAAUGUUGAAGUAGGAGGAUUCGGUCUUGCCUCUCAUCCUGACGGAACAGGGUUUCUUGGUGCUCUAGCGACAUAUGGUUACAUCAAUAGAUCAUCAUAUUCAUUGUAUUUCAGUGGAUAUCAAGCUGGUCUUCUUCCAGGAGUAGUGGACUCUUCUUUUAUCAAAGGUGAUUUUGUUAGUUACGACAUGCUUCCUCAUGUGGGAGGGACAGACUCAGAAUCAACAUUGAACAAAAGGUUGGCAGCAAUCAAGUUCCCAACAGUUCUUCUUGAAGGUGUAGCCGUUCGUAACACAGCAACGAAUCAAGUCCAAUCAUUAAUGGGGUCUUCUGGUUCCUCGGCCUCUGUCCCUGUUCUUUUGCAUAGCAGAUCCAACUAUUUAUAUUUACCAUUGGAUAUCAUUGUGAAUUUGGCCAUUCAAACCAAUGCAGUCUAUGUAAGUGACCUAUCCAACUGGAUUGUGGGUUGUGAUAUUGUCAAUGGAUCCAAUGCCAAUCUUGAGUUUUCGUUCCCUAAUUUGACUAUCAAGAUUCCAAUUAGUGCCAUCUUAUCCAACGCUUAUGACAUGAACAUGAAUCAGAUCUCAUUAAGUGAUGGGUCCAAGGCUUGCUAUUUGAACGUGGUUGACAACUCGUCAAUGGGAGUGUCUUCUUUGGGAUUGCCAUUCUUAUCCCACAUAUACAUGGCUGUUGAUAAUCUUAGUGGGAAAGUUGCCAUGGCACAGAGCAACGCCAAUAAUACGUCAUCAUCAUCAUCAUCAUCAUCAUCGUCGUCGUUGUCGUCGUCGUUGUCAUCAUCAUCAACAUCACCGACAUCACAACCAUCUACAAGCACGGCACAGGAAACCACAAGCCUGGCAACAAAAACAUUUGCCAGAAUGGUGAACUCCAGUAUCCCCUAUGCAACUUACUAUCUGACCAACAGCCUACCAACAUUAACCUACUAUCAGCUUAACACUCUGGCCACACUAGAGAUCCCUGCCAUGUUCACGUCGGUGGUGUUUUCUCUGGGUUCAAUUUACUUAUCGCAGCUUCCCAAUACCACCAGUUCAGUUGCCGUUGCAGCAGCCACUUCCACUUCUGUCGAUAAGACUAGUAACGGGGCUAUGGGCAGCACUGGAGCAUUAACAUCAUCAUGGGUUGUUUCGUUUAUAAGCUUUUGUUUUUCAUUGGUUUUAUUAUGA